AUGGAAUAUGAUUACGAGUUUGAUGCUCCUCAGUGGGCUGAUCUUAAUGAUUGGAAGGAGGAAGAUGAUUUGGACACUUCCGAAUGGUUUUCUAUAGCACAUCCAUCACACGAAAAGCCUCAAUCACCAGAAAGCAAAAACAACAAGAGCAAAAAGGGGAAGCGGCGCAGUAUUUAUUGCCACAGUCCAAUAAGUCGAUUAGUUUUAAAGCAAAAACAGAAAAUGAAUAGAUUUACUGUCACAAAUAGAAUGGAAAAAAAUCAACGACUGUUGACAGAAAUAGCAUCUGAACAAAGUUGUCAAGCAGCAACGUUAAAAUCUAAUUCUAUACUUACCGACAAGUUACUUCAACAGCAAGAUCACGUAACUACCACCGAUAACAUGGAAAAGCCAGUUCAUCCUGUGCUGUCGGAUUCUACUACACCACGUCGAUCACCUUUCUUAGCAAAGAAAUUGAAUUCUUUAGAAAUCGAUGCCUCCUCCACGAAUUCACCGCCAGCUAGAGUAGUCAAGCCGAGUCUUACUUUCAAAAAAAGCGAUACUCAAGGCAAUUCUCCUUUAACAGCUAAACAAGCUAGCAUUUAUAAAAAGGAAUCUCGUCGAUCUACACGCUUUAACAUCUUUUCUACCUGUAAAUCGUCACCCCUUUCUAGCGUGCGAAUGUCUAAUUGUGAAAAAGCAUCUGUACCUACAAUGGCCUUGAGAUCAAAAUGCGUUAGCACUAAAGGAAAUGUUAAAAAUGCCGAUUUAAGAUCCUCAAUAAAGAAAACGAGUAUAUCUAAGUCUACUGAUAAGCCUUCCAAAAGUAUUUCUACGAAACCAAGGAGAUCGGUAACCAUUGAAAAUGACCCUGAUCUGAUUAAGCUUAUCAGGAAGCAUAAUGCCAAGGUAGCAGCUACCAAAUACAAAUAUGAUAUCAAUGGCAGAAGACUAUAG